GAUAAAUUUAUUUAAAGGCCAAGAAUUUGACCUUCUUGAAAAAAAAAUCGGCUUAUUUUCUACUUUUUAAAGGAAAGACUUUGUUGACAAAUAUGUGGAUUACAUAUUCAACAAAUCAGUGGAUGAUGUUUUCAGUGAGUUCAAGAGAGGAUUUUACAAAGUCCUGGAUGAACAGCUAGUUGGCAUCUUUGAGCCUGAACAACUGAUGGAAGUGGCAAUUGGAAAUGCCAAGUAUGACUGGGAUUUGUGCGAAAAGAAUGCUGUGUAUUCGGGUAUAUACAGCCCAACGCACCCAACUAUAAAGAUGUUCUGGGAAGUUUUCCAUGAGCUGAGUUUGGAGGAUAAAAAACAUUUUCUGGUGUUUUUGGCAGGAAAUGACAGGAUCCCUGUGACAGGAAUGGAACCUUGGAAGAUUUAUCCACAUUACUUGCCCUCAGAGGAUCUUAUCCCUGGGGCUGACACCUGUUUUCAUCUUUUAUUUCUGCCAGUUUACUCAACAAAACAAAAACUGAAAGAGAAGCUUCUUCAAGCGAUCAGCCACAAUCGUGGCUUUGGCAGAUUUGUGCCCAGAGUCUGAAACAGGAGCUUG